CCUGUCUAUAUAAAGGAGAGCCGGUGCCACAUCAGAGUUCGCUGACUCAGGCUGACUUGAAGAGACUUCCAGCAGUCCUGCGACUGAUGAAAACCUGACUGAACCCGACUCCAGACUCACUACUUGGACUGAAAAUUGUCCAGAAAAGUAGACUGAGCUGGUUGAGUCAUCCUGAAAGUGUCGGAGAUCAGGGAACCUCACUGGUCAAAUAUACUCAAGACUGAAGUCUGUGCGAUAGAGCGUAAAGAUGCAGGAGAAAGGCUUCUUCAUCCAAAGGAAAGCAGCAGUAGCACUGUGCAUUGUGCUGCUAAUUCUGGCUCAGCAGGCGUGUGCAGGUCCGUUGUUCCCACAGGUCCAGUCCAGCUCUGACCAGAAGGCAGAUUCAAGCCGGGUCCACGCACUGAGGAGGAUAGCUCGGAUGACCCCACUGUGGAGGAUCAUGAACAGUAAACCAUUUGGAGCUUACUGCCAGAACAACUAUGAAUGCUCCACAGGACUCUGCAGGGCGGGACACUGCUCCACCAGCCAUCGUGCCCCCUCAGAGACCGUGAACUACUAGACGUCCCGGGACACAACCAGCGUGUUUACAUGAGUGUACAGCCAUAAUCCUUAUGAGGGGAUAUGCAUUUAUCCAGGCCUUUUUUUAAAUUCAGUUUUGUAUUUAUAUGUACCAAUACAUUUCUAAUGAUAUCUAAAUGUUUAUAUGAUUUUACACAGCAGGUAGUUAUAUCCAACAAAAUAGGCAUGUCUGGGGGGGAAUCAGUUCUCCACUUGAUAUAUUUCAGGCAGAAAUGAGAAUUAUCACUUAAAUUAAGACAGCAGGAGGUGGGUGAGGCAGUGGGGUAAAGUGCAAAAAUGUAAGAAGGGAGUCAUUUAGCCUUUUAUACUUGAUGUUUUUCAUGUUAAGAUAUGAUGUGAUCAUCUGAAACCAUCUCCUGGUUUUCAACAAGGGUGAAAACAACUAAAAAUACUUGUUUCCUACUGCUAUGGACCAAAAUCUUUCCGCACUGAUCUGAAAGCUGAGACUUGACAAAAUUGAGACAAAAGAAACAGUUUUUUAAUCUCAGAGGCUCUGUCCUGCCAGUUACCGUGGCCUUACCUCCACAAAUGAUAUAAUUAAGUCUGAUUUCUGCCUAGCUUGAUAACAAGGUUGCAUUGGCGACAGAACAUUGUUUCACUGAUAUCUUGACGUCUUAGACCAAACACUGAAAUAAUGUUUUCCAAAUAUAGCUGUGCAACUUUUGGGCCCAAAGCCGUCUCCAGACAUAGAAAAAUAUUUUUUACAUCCUCAUGGCUGAACUCGUGGCUUCAUGAAGGCAUGACAAAUAUUUUUGUGGCAAUGAGACUCUUUAUCUGUCGUAUUCCUUUUGUAACAGAUAAUGAGGGAUGGAGGAGGAAGGAAGGAUGGAUGGAGGAAGACUGUGAGUCUUUUAAAAGCUCCUGACCUCGACUAUUUUCCAGAUUUCAUCAUCACUGUCUUGUGUUGUGUUUGAUAAGUUAUCACUUGAAUGUGUCCUUAGAAAGUCUAAUUAUUCCCCUGAUAACGUGCUAUGUGGAAACACAUGUGCUUCCCUUUUUCCCCAAGAGGAAUUAUUUGGUUUAGUUUGCUGCCGUCACAGCAUUUGUCCUGAUUUGUUAUUAAUUCUGGCAUCCAAUAUAGCAACAUUUCUUAUCUUAAACCCAGGAAAUUUUAAAAAAAUUACACAUAUUUAACAGUUGAUUACCUAAAGUAUGACAUAUAUCAUCUGUUUGGUAACCAGCGAGAACAUCAACAAUACUAAAAGGACACAUUUUCACAAUAGACCAGUAGUCUGAAAAAGUAAAUGACGUUGUAACAGACUUUUAGCCUUUGAACGCCACUUGCAGUUUGGGAAUGUAACAGCACACAUUGUGUUUGACUUUCAGUCAAAUAAUUUCAGUAAUUGUUGAAUCACCUGUAUUAAUCCAACCCAACCCCCAACAGACAUGCUUUGGCCAAAAGCUAAAAUAAAGCACCGAAACAUAAUUGAAACUGUAAGAUUAGGGGAUCACAGCCGACUGUCAGAGGCAAAACGUGUUCAAGAGAGGAAAAAGACAGAUGAAGAAAAGUAGGAAAAAGGGCAUAAAAGAAAAUAGUCCUGUGGAAAAAUCAAGAGGGAGCAAAAAGGAAGGAGAACAGAUAAGACGAAACAAAGAGAAGGAGCAGAGGUUACAAACUAUUGAUGCAAUGCUCGAGCACCCUCAACAUUUCAACAUCUUUGUGUUUUUUUAUUUUAGCUUUAUUUAAAGUAGGCAGAGCGUCUCGUCAAAAUUUCCAGUUCCAAGUUUAUUACGUCUGCCAAGUUCAGAAUUAUUGAACUGCAAACAUUUAGAAUACAACAUUAUUCACUGUAUGUAAUGCAUGCAUAUUGAUUUGGUGUAAUGCAGUGAUUCUUUGAUAUUUUAUUUAUUUUAUCAUUUGUUUAAAAUGUCAAAAAUGUACUCAUUUACAUCAUUUUAUUUUAAUAUAUAUAUUUGUUUUUAAAUUUUCCAGUGACAACUUUUAGAUAUCUACUUGCUCAAUCUUAAAUUUGUAACCACUAACAAAUUUAACAAAUGUCUUGGCUGAGUGUACAAAUAUUAGGAACAGAUUCAUAAUUAUGAGCUGCACAGCCUUAUUGUUUUUGCACAUCCAUCUCCUAAAAUUGAUAAGCGAUCACGGAUUUCGCUUCGACUCGCCUGCAUAGUUUACUUCAUGCACAGAGCAGGUGGUUGCUGAUAUUUUGUACUCUCAGCGUGUUUGAGAAAUGUUUGAGUAGGAUUGCACUUUUAAACUCAAAUUAUCUUUGUACUGUGUACUGUCUACUGUAUGUACUAUAUUACUUACAUGUAGAAGGCUGGAGAAAAAGUGGAAUAAAAGCAUUGAAAAAAAGAA